AUGGCGGGCUACGCGCGCCGCCCGGGCAUCACCCCGCUGUCCCGAGCCCGCAGCCUCGUCAUUCCGGACGUUCCAGCGUUCUUUGAGCGCCGGUGUUGUCUCCCCCAGCUAGACUGUGAGCGCCCCAGUGGCAGGGACCCGGACUCCCACUUCUUAGGCAUUCGGCCGACGUUUAUGUGUUAUGUGCCCAGUCCGGUGCUAGCUUCCGUGGGAGACACAGACUUUGGCUACGGAAAGGGAAAAGGCGCUAAGGACGGUCCAUCAGGAGCCCAUGAGACGCGCUUUGCAGGUGAUGAGCUAGAAGAACCUGAGGAGGCGAACCCCUUCUCCUUUAAAGAGUUUUUGAAAGCCAAGGACCUCGGCCUGGCCAACGAGGACACAGCCAACAGUAGGCUUUACUCCAAGGAGGCCUUGCGGCACACUCUGGGACUGGAACAUAGCUCCCCAAGCGCCCAGACUGUGGGGUAUGGCCUGGAAUACCCACAGCCUUUCUUCGAGGACCCAACGGGGGCUGGCGACCUCCUGAAUGAGGACGAGGAUGAAGAAGGCACUUGGACCGGGGCCUACCUACCGUCCGUGGUGGAGCAGUCACACAGCCUGAGGGCCGCUGCCAGCACGUCGCCCUGCAGCACCUACAUGUCCUUUUUCUCCAACCCGUCGGAGCUGGUGGGACCCGAGUCUCUGCCCUCAUGGACUCUGAGUGACGCAGACUCCCGGGCUCCUCCAACAUCCCCACUGAGCGGUCCCAACCCAGACUUCGCAGCCCACGGAGAGUCUCUGGGAGACAGGCACCUUCGGACGCUGCAGAUAAGUUAUGAAGCACUGAAAGAUGAAAAUUCUAAGCUGAGAAGAAAGCUGAGUGAGGUUCAGAGCUUCUCUGAAACUCAGACUGAAAUGGUGAGGACACUAGAACGGAAACUGGAAGCCAAGAUGGCCAAGGAGGAGCGUGACUACCGCGACCUGGAGUCUGUAGUCCAGCAGGUGGAGCAGAGCCUGGAGCUGAUGACCAAGCGGGCUGUGAAGGCGGAAAGUCACGUCCUGAAGCUGAAACAGGAAGUCAGUCUGCUCCAGGCACAGGUCUCCAACUUCAAGCAUGAGAACGAAGCCCUGCGGUGUGGCCAGGGCGCCAGCCUGACCGUGGUGAGGCAGAACACCGACGUGGCCUUGCAGAAUCUCCGAAUGGUCAUCAACAGUGCACACACAUCCAUAAAGCAGCUGAUGUCUGGAGCCGAAACGCUGAAUCUCGUCGCAGAAAUCCUUAAAUCCAUAGACAGAAUUUCUGAGAUUAAAGACGAUGAGGAAGAGGAGAAGCAGCCCUGA